CAGGCGCCCAACCCCUCCAAUGUACUGGGUAUAUUUGGACUUAGCAUUCGUUCGACUGAAAGGGACUUGGAUGAAGAGUUUAGUCGCUUUGGUCGUGUCGAGAAGGUUGUCGUCGUGUACGACCAGAGGUCUGACCGCUCUCGUGGAUUCGGAUUCAUCACCAUGUCAACUGUCGACGAAGCAGCACGAUGCAUCAAAGAGCUCAACGGAGUCGAGUUGAACGGUCGUCGCAUUCGCGUCGACUACUCGGUUACUGACCGUCCUCAUGCUCCCACUCCUGGAGAGUAUAUGGGACAUCGUCGUCGUCGCGGUGGAGAGCCACCCUCAAGCGGCCGCGGGUACGACCGUUUUGAUGACAGGGACCGCCGUGAUCGUGAACCCUACAGGGGCCGCUACGACCGCGAUCGGGACCACUACGGCAGGGACAACAGGGACUGGCGUGAUCGUCGCAGCCCUCCCCCGAGGUCGCGGUACUCGCCCGAGUACAGACGGCGCAGGAGCCAUUCCAGGAGCCCACCGCGCGGUGGCAGCCCGGGUCGGGGUCGGGACUAUGAUGCCCCCUCCAGCGCUAUGGCUGCCAAUGGGAACAGCGACUCUCGCUGGUGA